GCCAAAACAACAGGAUCUCCUUUAAAAUCUGCUUUCCUUGCAGGCCUGAGUGUGGGAAUGGCCCUGCCAGAAAGGGACCUGUUUCCUCCGCAGAAGAUUUGCAUGGCCUGGCAGCAAAGACGCAGUGUCGGAGGAGGCCUCUGCAACCUGGGCAAUACCUGCUUCCUCAACUCCGUCCUGCAGUGUUUGACGUACACCCCGCCGCUGGCCAACUACUUGCUCUCUCAUGAGCACAGCCGGUCCUGCAAGGAGCAAGGCUUCUGCAUGAUGUGUACCAUGGAAGGGCACAUUGAGGAGGUCCUGUCUUGCUCGGGCAGUGCCAUCGAACCUACGCUUGUUGUCAAUGCGCUUCCACGAAUAGGAGAACAUUUCCAGCUUGGCGCCCAGGAAGACGCGCAUGAAUUCUUCUGCUAUGCCGUGGACGCCAUGCAGAGAGCUUGUUUGAGCAGAAGCAGCGACUGGGACACAUCUUGUCAAGCCAGCACAGUCAUUCAUCAGGUCUUUGGAGGAUUUCUAAGAUCCAGAGUAACGUGCUUGAGCUGCCAAGCCGUUUCCGACACCUACGAGGCAUUCCUUGCUAUUCCUUUGGAUAUCAAGGCAGCCUCGUCUCUCACUGGAGCUCUGGAAGACUUUGUCAAACCUGAGCAGCUGGAUGGCGAAAAUGGCUAUAAAUGUAGCAAGUGUGAACAGCUGGCCGCUGCGUCCAAGAGGCUGACGAUCCAUCGUUCCUCCAAUGUCCUGACACUGUGCUUGAAGAGAUUUGAUGCUUUCUCUGGCAGAAAGAUUAACAAGGUUGUGCGGUACCCAGAAUAUUUGGACCUUGGCGCAUACAUGUCUGAAGUGGCUGGAGAAGCACCCCUCUAUUCCUUGUAUGCCGUGCUGGUACAUGAAGGUUCCGGCUGUCAGACAGGACACUAUUACUGCUUCGUAAAGGCCAGCGACGGAUGUUGGUACGAGAUGAAUGACGACUCUGUGGUUCUUUGUGACAUCAAGACGGUUCUCCGCCAGCGUGCCUAUUUACUCUUCUAUGCCAGGAGAGAAUGA